ACAACCCCCCUUCCCCCCCAUCACCUCCCACUGACGCAAUGUCGUCGCUCGGCCCCUCCGCUAGCUUCCGCUCCCAGCGUUACAGUGACUAUGGUCGUAGUUCUCUGACGGGAUCCGGGCUGGACCAGUACCUGAACACCGCUCGCAACUUGUUCGAGGAUGAGGUGGAGCGAUCGGCUCUCAGACACUUUGCCAGAGACGAGCCCUUCGGAUACACAGGUCCCGUCGUCAGACGAUCUCCGAGCCAAGGAAACAUACGGACAGUUGGAGACAGAUACGAGGUUUCAGCCGACGUCAGUCAGUUUGAGCCGGAAGAAGUCGUGGUGACGAUGUGCAAUUAUCACGUCACCAUCCGGGCAGAAAAGGUGGUCGAUGAUGGGACGGUGUCGAACGUCUUCACUCACAAGUAUCAGCUCCCGGAGGAUGUUGACCCUAUGACGCUGAGUUGCUGCCUGUCAGACGCGGGGAUGCUGACGGUUAGCGUCAAACGAGACCCUUUGAAAACACCCUCUCCGCAGCCCGUCUAUAGGAGCGAGAUCAAACUGUAGCUGCCGCCAGCCUGCCCGCUCCGAAACCCCUCAAUACAUCCAGGUCUCGGACGCGUCGUGUGUUUGUUUUAAAGCUUCACUGUUGUCGCUUUGUAGAAGAACAAUAAAACAACAGUUUGUGAUAA